AUGGCAGAGAUCAAAAUCGACAAACAGCUCUUCCAGGAGCGGCUGAGCCACUUCAUUGCGGCGUGGAAAGCGGACAAGAGGAGUGGCGACGCGAUGUUUGGCGGCGUGUCGAGCGUGCUGGUUCUUAUGGGCAAGACGGAGGAUAGUGCGCAGUUUAUGAAGGGGAAUGCUAUUCAUUUCUGGUUGUUGGGUUAUGAAUUCCCGGCUACGCUUUUUUUGUUCACGCUCGAGGGAUUAUGGAUCGUCACGACGGCGAAAAAAGCGAAACAUUUGGAACCGUUAAAGGGUGGGAAGAUCCCGCUUGAGGUUCUGGUACGUGGGAAAGAUGCCGAGGGCAAUGAGAAGCUUUUUCAGAAGAUUGCGAGUCAGAUGAAAUCUGCGGGGAAAAAAGUUGGCGUGCUCACGAAGGAUACUUCCAGUGGGCCAUUUGUUGAUGAGUGGAAAAAGGUGUUUGAGGGCGUUUCGGGCGAUUUGGAACAGGUUGAUAUUUCGUCUGCGCUUUCGGGGGCGGCGUUGGCUGUUAAGGAUGAGAAUGAAUUGCGAGCAAUGAGAACUGCAUCUCGAGCUUGCAUAGCUCUUAUGAACCCAUAUUUCGUCGAGGAAAUGUCUGCGGUACUGGACGAAGAGAAGAAAGUCAAGCAUAGUGCUUUGGCGAACAGAAUCGACAGUAAACUGGACGAUACGAAAUGGUGGAAAUCCGUCGAGCUCCCAAACAAAUCGCGAAUGCCUUCAGAUUUUGAUCCUACACAGCUGGACUGGACACACGGACCGAUCGUUCAGAGUGGUGGGAAGUUCGAUUUGAAAAUGAAUGCGCAAACUGACGAUGAGGUUCUCCAUGCUGGUGUUAUCCUUUCUUCGAUGGGUCUACGUUACAAGUCAUACUGCUCUUUGAUUGCGCGAACAUAUUUGGUCGAUCCGAAUAAGUCGCAGGAGAGCAACUAUAAAUUGUUACUUCUCGUCCAUAGUACCGUUAUCAAGGAAAUUAGAGAUGGCGCCAAUGCGAAGGAUGUCUAUGCGAAAGCUGUCGGUCUGGUGAAGGCGAAGAAACCUGAACUUGAGAAGCAUUUCUUGAAGAACGUGGGUGCUGGAAUCGGUAUCGAGACUCGAGAUUCGACAUUGAUCUUGAACGCCAAAAGCACACGUACCUUGAAAGAUGGUAUGACGCUUUGCAUUACUACUGGUUUUAACGACAUCGAGAAUCCAAAUCCACAGGAUAAAAAGAGCAAAACAUAUUCUAUGGUUCUGUCAGAUACGGUUCGUGUUACAUCUGCCGACGCGGUCAUAUUUACUGGGGAUGCGCCAUCUGAUCUUGAUGCGACCUCUUUCUUUUUCAAGGAUGACGAGGAAGCUCAGCCAACACCCAAAAAGGCGAAGAAAGACUCUACUGUUGGAGCCGUCGCUACCAAAAAUAUCACGAAAACAAAGCUUCGAGCUGAACGGACGACCCAGGCCGAUGAGGGUGCGGAGCAGAGACGACGUGAACAUCAAAAAGAGCUUGCGUUGAAGAACCAGGAAGCUGGAAAGAAGCGCUUUGCUGAGGCGACUGGCAACCAGAAUGGCUCGACAAUCAAGAAGUUCAAGCGAUUCGAGUCGUAUAAGCGUGACAAUCAGUUCCCACCUCGUGUCCGAGAUUUGGCUAUCGUUAUGGAUCAAAAGAACGCGACCAUUAUUCUUCCAAUCAUGGGCCGUCCCGUACCAUUUCAUAUCCAGACUAUCAAGAAUGCGAGCAAAAGUGACGAAGGAGAUUUCGCUUACUUGCGAAUCAAUUUCUUAUCACCUGGUCAGGGUGUGGGAAGAAAAGAUGAUCAACCAUUUGAGGAUGCUUCUGCUCAUUUCGUUCGAAGUCUUACCUUCCGGUCUCAUGACGGUGAUAGAUUUCAAGAUAUUGCAAAUCAGAUCAGUAAUAUGAAAAAGGAUGCUGUUAAGCGAGAACAGGAGAAGAAAGAGAUGGAGGACGUCGUUGAGCAGGAUAAAUUGAUUGAGAUUAGAAACCGAAGACCACCUGUCAUCGAUAACGUUUUCGUACGUCCAGCCAUGGAUGGUAAGCGUAUUGCUGGUAAGGUUGAGAUUCAUCAGAACGGUCUGAGAUAUCAAUCACCGGUCAACACAAAUCAAAGGGUGGAUAUUCUCUUUAGCAACGUCAAACAUUUGUUCUUCCAACCUUGUCAGCACGAGCUCGUCGUCAUCAUUCACGUUCAUCUGAAGGAUCCAAUUUUGAUCGGAAAGAAGAAGACGAAAGAUGUACAAUUUUAUCGCGAAGCUACCGACAUCCAGUUCGAUGAGACGGGAAAUCGCAAGCGCAAGUACAGAUAUGGCGACGAAGAAGAAUUUGAGGCGGAACAGGAAGAGCGAAGAAGACGAGCUGAGCUUGAUCGCCAAUUCAAGGCAUUUGCCGAGAAGAUUGCUGAAGCUGGAAGAAGCGAGAAUGUUGACGUUGAUGUUCCAUUCCGCGAGCUUGGCUUUAACGGUGUACCAAAUCGAUCCAAUGUCUUCUGUCAGCCUUCGACUGAUUGUUUGGUUCAACUCACUGAGCCACCUUUUAUGGUCAUCACACUCGAGGAAAUCGAAAUCGCCCAUCUCGAACGUGUCCAAUUCGGUCUCAAAAACUUCGAUAUGGUAUUCAUCUUCAAAGACUUCACCCGUACCCCCGCACACAUCAACACCAUCCCCGUCGAAUCCCUAGAAAACGUCAAGGAGUGGCUCGAUUCCGUCAACAUCCCAUUCACCGAAGGACCACUCAAUCUCAACUGGCCGACGAUCAUGAAGACCGUCGUCGCAGACCCACACGCCUUCUUCGCCGAUGGCGGUUGGGGUUUCUUAUCUAACGAAACGGACGCUGACGACGAUGAAGAUGAGUCGGAGGAAUCCGCGUUUGAGAUGAGCGAUGAGGAGCUGGCGGCGAGUGAAGAGAGCAGUGAUGAAGACAGCGAUUUCGAUAGUAAUGCUAGUGAUGAUGAGGGUAGUGCGGGGAGUGAUGAGGGUGAGUCUGAGGGUGAGGAUUGGGAUCAGUUGGAGGAGAAGGCGAAGAGGAAGGAUCGCGAGGGUGGGCUGGAUGAUGAGGAGAAGCCGGCUAAGAAGAGGAAGCAUUAG